GUCUGUCAGCUGUUUGUGGUUGAUGAGCAAUGGGUGUCACUUGAGGAAGCAGACAGAGCUGGGUUGCAGUAGCAGUUCCUCAGCAGCGCUUCUCUGCAAAGUCCAGGAGUCACAGGGAGCGAGGCAAGUGUCCUGCUAUGCUGCUGGAGAGGGGCUGGAGCUUACAUAGAAUGAAGAGCCAAGUAAGCAACACUUGAAGAGUGGAGAUAAACUCUAAUCUAAUACGUACCAGGAGGAUUUCAGGAACAUGACUGAAGGGAUCAGGAACAGCAGUGACUCCUCUUCUGCCUUUGUUCACAGCAGCACCGUGAGUGCCAUACUGGUCACUGUCUACUCGGUUGCCUUUGCUGGAGGUGGAAUUGGGUCCAUCACGAUGUCCUUCGUGCUGCUCAAGAUGAACACUCUGUCUGUCACCACCACAGCCAUCAUUAACCUGGUCGUUGUGCACAGCCUCCUCCUCCUCACGGUGCCCUUCCGCCUCCACUACUACGUCAAAAAGAAGUGGGUAUUUGAUAUGCCAUUUUGCAAAAUGGUGAGUGCCAUGGUGCACAUCCACAUGUACCUGACCUUCGUGUUUUAUGUCAUCACGCUGGUGAUCCGGUGGCUCAUCUUCUUCCAGUGGAAGGACAAGGUGGAGUUUUACAGGAAGCUGCAUGCCAUUGCGGCAAGCGCUGCCGUGUGGGUCUUCGUCAUGGUCUUUGGGGUGCCGCUCUUCUACUUUGAGUAUGGACGCUCGGGCUUAUACAACAGUACAACGUGCUUCAAGUUCCACAAAGAACUACAGCACCAGAGUGUGAAAGCCCUGAACUACACCAUAAUUGUAGCUGUUGCCCUCAUUUCUUGUGUCCUCUUGGGCUUGCAGAUUUUAAUCCUGGUAAAAGUGGCGAGAAAAUUUUCCACCUCCCUCUGUUCACACCAAGAAUUCUGGGCCCAGGUGAAAAACUUGAUUUUCAUCUGGGUCAUCAUAAUUUGGUUCCUUCCUUAUCACCUGUUCAGGGCCUACUACAUACAGCAUGUGAGUGAUUUUGACCAAUUAGAAAGCUACAAUGAGGUUUUUUUGAGCCUGACUGCCCUGAGCUGUCUGGACUUGCUGUCAUUCAUGCUGAGUGGAAGCCGCUUCUUCAAGCAAAAUGUGGGGAUGCUCCACAGGAGGCUGCCUUGCUGCUAGCAUCAGCCUCCUGCAGCAUGUGCAGGACCUGGGAUAGGACAGUGGUGGACAGGCAUGGCAGAAUCCCUCCCCAGCAAGUGUGGGUGUGCUCUGGAAAUGGCACAACACACUUGCACAGGGCUUUGCACAUCAACUUCUUGUAAUGUAAUGGAACAAACUGCGUCCAGGCUCUCAGCUGGUAAACAGGAAGGUGACCUCAGCAAUUUCCUCGUGGUGCUACCCAGUGAGCUGUGGAUGGACCUGGAGAAGAGGGAAGAAAGGUCAUGGGCUCUUCUGUCUUACUGUUUUUACAUCAAGAUUUGUGAAGUUAAAGGCACUAGGAGGAGACUUGAGAAUUGCAGUGUAGAAACACAAAUAAAGAAGCUGGUUUUUAUGGACUAAGGUGAAGAUUUUUGAAACUUAAAGGUCUAUAUCAUUUUCCCAUACAUUUCUUAUUUAUUUCCCACAAGCUUCCAUAAAAUAUCAGGGAAGAUAUUGUUCUUCCUGAGUCAAUCUGUUUCUUUACUGUCAAGAGAAGCAUAACUUUCUAAGUGAAUUGAACAAUUAAACCAGCUAUUUAAAACUAAA